AGGAUAAGUCUGGGGGCCAGAGGCAAGUCAAGUUAAUACUUCUAAAUCUCCCAUUCCUCAUCAUAUGUUUUGAAUAUAGCAAUGGCUCACUUUAUUGAACCUCCCACUGCGUCCACCAUGGUGUCAGAGGUAAAGCAUGUCCAGCACAGUCGCCCCAUAGUAAAUGGUGUGGAGACGUAGGGAAUGGACUAGUCCAGGACAGAAUGUCUCGGAGCGGUGUGUGGGAGAGCUCUGCUGAUUCUCAUCCUACUGCUCAUCAUUCAUUUUCAUUCAUACAGGGAUUAUUUCCAGAGGGAAAGGAAAGACAUCAUCUUUCAACACCACUUCUCUGUUCACGUCUGCAUUCGACUGAUCUGAGAUCAGAAACACCAACAGCUGAAUUUAUCUCUGACCAGUUCCGCCAGACCACCGGGCUUAUCGUGAACAGUGACAGACGCCCAGCAGUCGCCACAUCUCUCCAGCGCAAGGCCUGACCUCUCCGACCUGUCAUUCCAAACAGUAGACAUGCAGGAGAUUACCUUAUCCAGGCCUAUCCUACUUCUGCUGCUAUCUGUCCAUGGGUCUCUCCUCACCUGCUAAGCUAGACAUUAAAGGGUGAUGAGCUACAAAGCAGUGACUCUUGCUGGAGACUGAUACUAUAACUGCAGUGACAGGUGUAUGAGUGAUUACAUACGUUUGGCUCCGAUCCCUCACAGCAAUGGAGAUCAGCACAGAACAGUGAAGUACAGCUCAGUCAGCCCAUCCUGGCCGUUCCAAGCUAAAGGGGCUGUAAUUAUCCGGAGCCAGUCAUCUCAGGAGCGAAAGAGCAUUUCUUCAGCAGGAGCGCUCACACUGCCACACCAGAGUGGACAAGACAGGCCGCUCAGUGUCCAUCUCAGGGAUGUGUUUAAGUAUGUGAAAGGGUCCCAACUGAACUCGCUGAAAAAUGCUGCAUGAUGCAAUAACUUGGUUUCUGUUUCUGCAACAAUUAGAGCACCGCUCUGACAGUGGGAUAUGCUUGAGCUGGAGUAAUGUGAGCGGUGGCCUUUAUCUGUCAGGAGAAAAAAAAAAGAGUGAGGAAGAGUGAGUGAGAGAGAGCAGAGACAGAGCACUGUGUUGUGAAAGUGGAGAUUAAUGCAAAUACAGUGGAAAGAAGGAGGGGGAGCCAGGAUAAAGUGGAGCUCUAUCUCUCCUCCUCUUUUCUCUUGCUCCCUCCCUCUCUUCUCCCUCCCCCGGACUCCAGGAGUAGUAGGAGAUUAACGUGACAGUGAGAGCUGUACUUUAAAACGGCUCGGCGGGCAGAACACACUCAGACAUACUUACAGCAGGAAUAUCAUACUGAAACACAAGGUCACUGUUGUCAUUUCCUCUGGAUUUCUAUAUGGAUUUGGGACUUUAAACAAUUUCAAAAGGGAAAUAUCAGAGACAGAUCUCAAUUUGUUGUUGGACUGUGAAGGAAGAUACCUGGACUCACGGAAGAGAUGGACGCAGGGCCGUUGGCAUCAGUGGCCGAGGGCUCUCCGGAAGGGGAGACGGUUUGUGCAGCUUUGGCCCGGUAUGAAACCACUUUGCGAGAUGCCGUGCGUGAGAUCCACGUGGACGUCAGCGCUUUCAAGAUAGGCAUCGAACGCAGACUGGAAGAGUCCAUUCACGUGAGCGGACCUCUAGGCCGAGCCGUGGCGCAGCUGCAGCAGGAGAACCGGCAGCUCAGGGGUCAGUUAGAGGCCUUGACCCGACAGGUAGAGAUGCUGACUGGGUCGGUGUGUGACAGAACCGCACUUCUCACAGGAGGAUCGGCGGCGCCACCACAGACCAACAGCAGCACCGCAGGGCAUCAGUCUCCACCGUCUGCGGCCCCCAGCAUAGCGGCUCUGACCGGCUCCGCCAGCGGCUCUGCCUCCAGCCCCACCACCACACGUUUCUCCAGCAGAGCCACCUUCUCUGUCACCAGCAAAACAAACAGCAUUGAGCGAGAUGAGCCCAUUGAAGUUGAUCCAGCACCAAUUUCCCAAGGCCUGGAGAAUGGACACUUAUCCUCAACAGAAAACUCUACUAUACCUUUGAGGAGAAACUCACCACCCAACGGUGUGUCACAGGAGCACUCGGCCCCCGUUCCCAUGGCGAUGCCACACCUGCCCAUCACAGCAACCACCAAAGUGGCUGACUCUGCAGUUAUGAAGAGUCCUGAGUCACCUGGAAGCCCGAUGCAAGCAAUGCCUUCAACCAUAACAGAUUCACUGACAAACAGUCAGGUGGUCAGCGGCGAUAACCAGCCACAACUAGAGUCUCCUGUUAAUGCAGUGCCGUCUGUGAAAACAUGGGCUCCAACUCCAGCCAGGACAAUGGGUUCUCCACGGCUUAGUGAGAAAGCAUCUUCAGCUCCAGCCAAGUCAGUGACUUACUCUGGGCUUUUCUCACACAAUACAGACAGAAAUGUGGAUAUGCCAGGAGAUUUAUCUUUCGGCAGAGGUAUUGAGCGCAGACGGGAGCUUGUGAGGUCCCAGACUUUACCUCGAAACAUUGGAGCCCAGGCACGCAGGUCUAUUUUUGAGAGGCUGGACUCUGAAAACAACAGUCGACCCAAACCAGUGGAUUCCAAACCAAAGCUAAAACGCUCUCAGAGCUUUGGAGUAUCAAGUGCCAGCAGUAUCAAGCAGAUUCUUCUAGAGUGGUGUCGAUCCAAGACUAUUGGCUACCAGAACAUCGACAUUCAAAACUUCUCAUCCAGCUGGAGUGACGGCAUGGCAUUCUGCGCCCUAGUCCACUCUUUCUUCCCUACAGAGUUUGAUUACAACAUCCUGUCCCCUGCCGAGCGCAAACAUAACUUCGAGCUGGCAUUUAGCACUGCAGAGAAGAAAGCUGGCUGCGAUAGGCUUAUUGAGGUGGAGGACAUGAUGGUGAUGGGCAGAAAGCCAGACCCCAUGUGUGUCUUUACUUACGUCCAGUCACUAUAUAACCACUUGCGCAAGUUUGAGUGAGAUCUUGGCCCCUUCAGCCCUAGCUGAACACUCUGCACUGCCCUCUGCUGGAAAAAACUCAACUCUGAUAUAGACACUAAGGUUUGGGUUUGCAAAAUGUCCAUGGGAACCCUCACCAUUUCAAGCAUGAUGCUUCUACGGUUGCAUUUUUAGUCAAGAAAAGGUCAUCGACUAUUUAUAAAAACCCUUGAGGACAUGGCUUUUGUGUAUGGCAGGCUCUUUUUAGAAACGGAGUCCUCUGAUUUAUUUCAAAACAGCUUGGUUACGCUAACUGCAUUAUGGAGCCAUUUCAUAGAUUUGCAAAGAUAAAGAUUGACAUAAACAUUGAAAUGUAUUAGUGGAUUUCAUAUUUACUAAUGAAAGAAAGAUAUAGAAUGUACAGGAAAUAAGGUACAAUAUAUUUUCUCAGAUAGAUUAGCACAUUUUGUUUAAGUUUUGCCCUUUUUUUUCCUAAUUUUCAGAGAGUGGCCCAUUUCUGGUUAUCUUUUAUACUGUGUCUGUAGCUCAAAUACACACAGGUGCAUGUGUAGCACAACAUACAGUAAGCACUGGAUCUACGUUAUAACAGGACAUGCUGUAAACCUGGUUAGACAGUGAGCAUCACCAGGGAGUGUGAGCUUUUUGGAAGCUUUUUAUUAUUAUUUUCUUGUAAAAAGAAGAAAAAGAAAAAAAUACAUUUUCCCACACUAUGUGUCUUGUGAGCCAAUAACAAUUACAAUAAACGUCAAAGCACAAA